GGCAAAAUACAGUUAAUUUUGCCAUAUCAAGGAAUAACUGUAAGAAGCCUGAUUAACUCGUCUGUGAACUUCACCUGGAGAUUCUCAGGAGACGUUGCGGGAAUUGAAUUUGGUUUCAAGGCAACUAAUGCAGCCACAAUAGAGAAAAAUGGGAGAAUAUUAUUUCUAAACACCUUUGGAAAAACGGUAUAUGUACAUCAAAGUUUUACUGGACGAGUGACUGGAAGCCGUACUGGUAACUCAUCCUCUGGUCAAGUCAUCUUCAAUCUCAGUGGCAUUACGCUGAAUGAUACAGAUACUUAUGGGUGUCAAUUAUAUGCAAACAAUGUACAAGAUAGUGGUCAAUUUGAUUACGCCAGACUGAUUGUUGAAGGUGAUGUACACUUUCUUCAUACAGAUAUUUUCGAUCGAGUACUAUGAAGGUAGAAUUUUUUUCUUCGUGAAGACCUCACGUAUAACAAAAAUACAUUUUUUGUAGAUGAAUAAAAAUUCUUCAGCAAAGUGGUUUACCGAGCCGCGUACUUAACUAAUUGUUAAAGUGGGUACUACAACAGUGAAAUAAUUGAGCGCAAAAAACGAAAACAAUAAUGAUUGUGAUUGCUACUGACGAUUACAUAUUUAAGCGCGCACUGACCGAACGGCCGUCGUGUUUUCUUUCCGACAAAUAAAACUUUGAAGGCAUUAAUGUUUUCCGCUUUUUCGGGGACACCCUUCCAAGGGAAUUGCCAAUUCUUCAGUAUCUGUAAACAUUAUGUUUUGAAAUACCAUUUGAUUUAGUGUUACUGCUAAUUUAUGAACUUAUUAGCUAAAUAAAAAAGCACAAGACAUUGUAAAUUUGUAAACAAAAAACUGUUUACUGGUUAUACAUCGGUAAAUGCAGGUUAAUAACAGACAAAGCUUAGCUGUUGUCCAGAAUCAACAGUUUAUUUUGACACUUCAUUGUUUUUACGGUAGAAAUUUUGCUUGGAGGUAAAUAGCUACAGAAUAGUCGUCAUGUUCUAGACAAUGAUCGCUAAUUGCUAAUUCAUGUUUUGUGACAGCGGUUGGGAGUCAUUAUCAAGUAUUUGGAAAAUAUUCCUGUAAAGCUUUCAUCCAUUUUUUUGUAAUGUAAUGUAAUGAAAUAUAACUCUUUUUAGUGCGUUAUAAUUAUUUUAUGGUUUUGGCCUCAUUUGAUUGCAUAAAAACUACACAAGGCGAAACUCUUCCCCGGUCCAUUAAAUUCACAAGCCACACUUUGAUCGCAAAAAUUCUAACAGUAACUCAUUCUUGCCCUCAACGAGCCAUCUUUUGUUACCGCCAGAAACUUGUAACUAAGCGCCAUUAAAUGAGUUAACAUCUCAUCUGUGUUCGAAUUCUAUCUUAGAAAUACCAAGAAUCACAUCCAGUGACAGCAAAUAUAAGCUACAGACAAGGGGUCCCGUCAAUGUAAGCUGUAUUGCGACAGGGACACCAGAAUCAGAUGUGGUGUGGAUCAGUAUUAGUACCACUCAAGUUAUGAGUUCUGGAUUUGAAAAGGCUUAUCUCAUCUUCAGUUCUAUAAGCCUGCAAGGCGGAUGCAGGAAUAUAUAUGUAGAGCCAACAACUCUGCAGGAAGUGGUGAAAAAACAUUUGAACUUACCGUUAAAUGUGAGUAUAUUACUGAGUAGAACUUAA